AUGGGAAAAAACGAGCCUUUUCAAGACCUGCCCGAAAAGCACGCCCAAAUCUCGCUGGAGAAGCUGCAGAAGUUUGUAUCUGCGUGCCGCACGAGGAAAAACACGUCUUCCUUGGCUGAGAAGUUCUGUGCUUCCACCGUGUGCAGGAUUCUCGUUGUAAUUUCGUCUGAAGCGGCAGUGCUUCCGGAGCCCCAGAAGGCAGGGGGCGAGUAUGUGGCUGUCCUGAGAGAGAGCCCCCUUCCAGAAGAUUUUCCUGUUUUCCUGCACUCCACCCGCAGCAAAACAGAGGAGCUUUCUCUUCCCCUCGAAAGCGCGCUCAGCAAAAAAAUAACGGCUGAAACCGUGUCAAAGUACCUAGUGAAAGACCUAAGCACAGUGUACACGGACGGCAUAGACCACAGAAUAUACACGAUUCCUUCGGAGGAGAGGGCGGCCUUCUACUCCCGGCACAGCUCGGAGGGGACUCUUUCGCAAGUUUCAAGCUUAAAACCUCUGACAAUAACGGAAAUUCCCUGGAAAAAAGAGGCUGAAGAGCAUGUAUACUACGACGUGGUGCGCGUGAACGAGCGGGAAAUGGUCACGUAUAAAGCAACGUCCCCGCACAGCAUUUUGUCCGUUGACUGCGAAAUGGUUUCCACGGAUUUGGGCACUGAAGUCGCGCGAGUAAGCUUUGUGAGCGAAAAAAAAGACGUAGUUUACGACCAAACAGUGGAGCCCGUGGGCGCCGUGGUGGACUACCUUACGGAGAUAUCGGGGAUCUCAGAGGACACGUACAAGGCGAAGUGCGCGUGCAAAAGGUGCAUGGCCUUCAAAAACAGCGAGCUUUUGGCGCUGGAGGAAAAGCACAGCGGAAGCAUCUCGUACGAAAUGAUGCUUUUUGACUUUUCGUUUAUCCUGGGCGAAAACACAACGCUUGUAGGGCACUCGAUUUCCCACGACCUCUUUUCCAUGAACGUAUUCCACAGGAAGCUCAUCGACACGUCUUUGCUCUACAACAGCAAAACCCACCACCGGUACAAGCUGAAAAGCCUGGCGAAUUCGCAUCUUAAAAGGGAGAUCCAAGGCGCAUCGCACUCCUCAAUUGUUGAUGCAGAAGCAUGCAUCGACCUUCUAAAGUGCCUUCCCCCGAAAGAGGGGUCUUCUGCCCUGAAGUUUUCGAAAACCAAAAAUCUCUCGAUUUCCACCGAAUUCCCGCGAGAAAAAAGCGCAAAAAGCACGCACAAAGGUACUCCUCCAAUCGACUACGUAUACACAAGCGCUUUCCCCGUCGCUGCAGGGCCAAAUGCCGUUACAAUUUUCCUCUCAAAAAAAGACAGGUUCUGGCACGUGCGAAUAACCCGCACAUAA